GUGGGUGCAUGUAAAAUUUUUGUUCGGCAAAUCAGACAUACGAAAAACCAUCUCGCUAUAAAAUAUGCAAACGAUUCGUAUAUCAUUAAUGGGGAUUGGAAAUUCAGCCACAACCAUCACAGUGUUGAGGCAGCCGGUACAAGGUUUACGUACAAAAAACAAGAUACUACUUCGACUGAAAUGAUAACAGCACCUGGACCCCUUAAUACGCCGGUGGCAAUAAUGAUUGUUGUUCAACAAAUUAACGAGGGUGUAAAAUACGACUAUUCUCUUCCGAUAACUUCGAACGAAAUUCCUCAAAUUGCACCCCCGUUAGUAAAGCAAUCUCCUGUGGUGGAACCGAGUAAUUUAGAACCGCGACGAUUAAACAUCCCCCUAAAUUCUAACACUCAAAAGGACGAACCAAAGAUUUCUGCUCCUCAUAGGCGCCGAGCCCGUAGAAGAUUCAUAUGGAAACACGCGGGAUUUUCCCCCUGCACCAAAUCGUGUGGUGGAGGUGUUCAAACCUCAACGUUUAUUUGUAUGAGAGAACACAACCAAAUGGCUGUAUCAGAAAGACGGUGUUCAGGUUUGGAAAAACCCGCGAUUCAACAGGUCAGAUGCAACAUUCAUUCUUGCCCACCCCAGUGGAAAAGUUCCUGGGCCACGUGCACAGGAUCCUGCGGACAGGGAAUUCAGCAACUGAUUCACAGAUGUGAACAAGAAAUAGCACCUGGAAAGAGCACGAUAGUUAAUGAAGUAGGGUGUCCACAGCCUAAGCCCCUUUCGGAAACCAAACAGUGCACCCUGCCGCCUUGUUCCGAUACAUUCGAUAAUGAGCUUCAACCCAAUAUUUCUCCAAGACUUGGAAAUGAUUUGCAGGAGUGGGCAGUUGGGAUAUGGUCUCAAUGUUCGGCCACCUGUGGAUCUGGUCACAAAACGAGGGCGGUAACGUGCCCAAGCGGUCGUUGCAACCCCGAACACAGACCCCCGCAUGUCGAGCGUUGCCAAACAAGCCCAUGUCCCCCCGAUUCAAAUACCCGCUCAUCCUGGCUCACUUCAGAAUGGAGCGAGUGUUCAACCCUCUGUGGAACCGGCACACAAACGCGACAAAGUUUUUGUUUCCAAACGUCUUGCGAAAACGAUUUAAAACCCGAAGAAACCCGAGCCUGUUCUACCUACAAACUAUGCAACGGUCAAUGGUUCACUGGUCCCUGGGGACCUUGUUCCGACUCCUGUAACGGUCCAGCCCGGCAAAGAAGGGAUGUACAUUGCAUCAUAAAGAUAAGAGGACAACCCCAUGUGACCAACGACAUAACUUGCAAUCAGUCGGAAAAGCCUUACGAAGAACAGGCUUGCUACGGAACGUGCAGUCCCAAGUGGUUUAGUUCUGAUUGGGGAGUUUGUGAGGGUGGCUGUUCCAAUGGCGUCCACAGGAGGGACGUGCGAUGCCUGGACAAUCAAGGACGACAUGCCACCACCUGCAAAGUGGAUGAAAUGCCUCCUGUUAAGAAGCCUUGCACUUGCAAGACUUCAGAAGACCCCAGUAUUCAUAUACUCCCUCAGGAUGAACCUGUUGACAAUUCCUGUGUGGAUAAGUUACAGAUCUGUACAGCAGCUAUGCAGGCUAGAUUGUGUCAAUAUCCUUAUUACAUCAAUAAUUGCUGUAGAUCAUGCAAAAAAUUCAAACAAGACGGUCUGUGAUGAUCAUUAAGAAGUAGUUCAUCCAGGGAAAGACCCGGGGCAUGCACUGAUCUUUUUUGGAAUGCCAAAACAUUGCAGAUUUGAUAUGAUAUUAUUAUUCGCCAGUAUUAGAAGAAGUGCUCGUUUUAUGGACUUUUCUUUUGAACAUAUUCAAAAUGUACGUACCUACAACUUCUACUUUUUUAGUCUUUUUUUUUUUUUCGUUGUAUUCAUUACUUAUUCGACUGAGUGAAAUUAAUUCGUACCUACAUAUGUAUUUGAACAUGAGCAUAAUGCCUUCGGGGGUUGAAGGACUUUAUUUAUUUGCGUACAUACGUAGUAGUCGAGGACUGAUUUAUUUUUAUUAAUAUUCUACUUUAUGUGAAAUAUCUUAUACGUAUUUAGAUCACCACCACAAACACACUAAGUUUUAACACCGAUCAUUAUUUUUUUUUUUUUAUUAAUGUUAAUUGCAAUAUUAAGCUAUUAAAAAUGAAUGUUUAGUAGACGAUGUGACGACAAAAAAAAAAUGUCUCCAAAGUCUCUCAUAUUGCCAAAACUAACAAACGUUUGUAAUAUUCGCUAUCGAUCGUAUUUAAUAAUAGUAAAAUUAGCACCGUGCUAAUUGUUAAUCUAUUUGUACAUUUAAAAAGGACACGAUAUUCGGGCUUAAUGGUCAUAUCCCAGGAUUCGAAUCCACCUAUAAGUCGUUUAACCAACGUUUCGCCAGCUGCUGUAGUCAGCAUCAACAAGGGUGUAGUUGUGCUGAUACUGACUCAGUCCCUGAAGAUGCCAAUAUCAGCAGCUGACAAAACGUCGGAUAAUUGACUCAUAUGAGUGGACUUGCCAAAGGUGUCCAGGAUAAGUUCUCCUCCUUCAAUGAGUCCUAAAACGUGAGAUGAGAUGAUCAUACUUAUCCUGGGUCAAGGUCAUAAAGCCUGAAUACUAAGUCCACUUCAGAUAACGCCGGCCGUGAAAGCCUUUUAUCUCUACAUUUUUCAGUUCAACUAUUUACACAUUUAUAGAUUAAUUAAUACUUUUUUGUAGAAAAUUGUUCUAUUUUUCUUUUAUUAGUUACCUGUGAUUGCAAUAAAAGCAUACGUAUUCGUAAUAAUCGUAGUUUGAUGAUUUUCGUAAUAAGAAUUCGAUUGAAUGAAUGCUGAAGUUCUUAAACUUAUCAUACAGACGUGACUGUUAUCUAAACUUAAGUAUAUGUGUUACGCAUACUUUUGUUAGUUCUUUUUUUCAUAAAAAACUUUUCUUGAAACUGUUUUAAGACAAAAUCGUGAACCAAUGAAAUUUAAAAUUUUAUUUUAUUCUAACGUAAUAUAUUAUUUCAAGGCCAUGUAAGUACAUAAUGUAGAGAAUUUGAGAAUUGCUUUUUUGGGCCAGUUGCGUUAGUACUGCCAUUUCGUAUUAUUAGUCAUGAUAAAAUUAUUUUUGUUAUUACAAUAUAUUUCGCUUAGCACUGCCAUUCAAACCAUUAACAUUCGUAGUAGUAAUAAAUAUAAGAAAAACAAUUAUUUAAUUUUUUUACUAAACCUUAAUACAGAUUCUUGAUAUUAUUGGACAUCUAAAGGUAAGACCAAAUGAUCUUUUUUUUUAUUCUUUUAUUAAAUAUGUGUAAGAACUGAUUAGAAUGAUUUUAAAAUUUGGGUUAUUUUAAUUUUUGAUGUCCAUUAAAUCUUUUAUAUGUUAUCCAAAAGGGUGUUUCCAAACACUAUUUUUUAUAAGAUUCAUCUAAUAAUUAAUUUUUAUAAUCAAAUGAUAUAACUGCUGUCACCUUUCAUCAAUUUAUUGAUAAGAAAUGUUUCAUUGUAAAUAAAUAAUUCAAUAUGAAAAAGGUAAAUAUGUAUAUACACACGUGUGAUACCUUUUUAAUGUAUAUUGAUAACGGAGUUAUUCAGUUAUUAAUUAUGGUGUUUGAUUGAACAAUUAAGUUUUUUUAAUUAACUCAAGGGAGCCAGACUGAUCGCUAUCUCAACAAAUAUUUGCCUUGCCUUUAAAUUGUUCAGUUCCCAUGUUUGAAGUGUGGUAAUUAAAAAAAGACGCCGAUAAGAUAAUAUAUUACAUAGUAUUCAAUUUGUAUAAUGAAUUAAAACAUUGAACUUCCGUUUUUUGCAUAUUGAUAGACUGUUUUCGUGUGCAAAGAGGAAAAAAGCAAUAUUAUAAUCCCUGAGUAAUCUAAUAAAAAUAUUCAAAUUAGACAACUAACUUUACAUGUGUGCAUACUUGUUAGCUGACUAACAUACCGCUAACCAAUGGUCAAGGGACAGUAUUUAAUUUUUGACGUCACUGUUUAACAUCUUUUAUUGUAGUAACGCGACCUAUGAACGCGAGUGGUGUGUCAGUGACCUUCCUUUAAUUGUGGUUCGAUAUUCCGGUGAUAUCUUGAUAAUCAUAAAGAUAAACAUCUAAAAGUAAUUAUUAUUUUUAAGAUUGUGCUAAUUGCUAUAUAUGAUGUUAAUUAUUGAAGGGAAAAAUAUAGAUUAAUAAAGUCA